GACAAUUUAUAUUAAAUGCGGCAAGCACAAUAUCGGGAUUCAGAAAGACUGGCCAUGUACAUCCUAGCAGUCGUCAAAUUUCUAGCAGCGUUAACCAUUUGCGAAGCGAUGACUAUGAAGCAAAUAAAAUCAACAGGAAAAAUGAUGCGAAAAACAUGUCAACCAAAAAAUAACGUCGCUGAUGAUAAAAUCGACGAUAUUGGGACUGGCGUUUUCAUAGAGGAGAGAGAAGUAAUGUGUUACGUGGCUUGCAUAAUGAAAAUGGCGAAUGCCAUUAAAAAUAACAAACUAAACUAUGAAGCGGCUAUAAAGCAAGCAGAUUUACUAUUACCAGACGAAAUAAAGGAACCAACAAAAGAAGCUAUCACUGCCUGUAGAAAAGUUGCGGAUUCCUAUAAAGACAUCUGCGAGGCAUCUUUCCACGUCACCAAGUGUAUUUACAACCACAAUCCAUCGAUAUUUUUCUUCCCCUAAUAAAUAUUAACAAAAAUGUUUUAA